AUGUGUGUGUCUUCUGUUGUUCUGCAGGGAGAUUCAGCUGCUGAGACGAUUACAGCACAAAAACAUCAUCCAGCUGGUGGAUGUGCUGUACAACGAAGAGAAGCAGAAAAUGUAUAUGGUGAUGGAGUAUUGUGUCUGUGGAAUGCAGGAAAUGUUGGACAGCAUUACAGAGAGGAGAUUUCCUGUAUUUCAAGCUCACGGGUACUUUUGCCAGCUUCUGGAUGGUCUUGAAUACUUGCACAGCCAGGGAAUUGUACACAAAGAUAUUAAACCAGGGAAUUUGCUGCUCACUACAGACGGGGCGCUGAAGAUCUCUGACUUGGGUGUAGCGGAGGUGAGACGGCCGUCUGUGUUCAAUCAGCACCCUGAACACAGCACUCAGUCACUCAUAGCACGUGCCUAUAUCCUGUGUGUCUCUCCUCACAGAUACAACAUAACCACGAGCCUGUACCCGUUUGAAGGGGACAACAUCUAUAAGCUAUUCGAGAACAUUGGGAAGGGCGACUACACUGUUCCUGAGGAGUGCGGCCCGCUGCUUUCAGACCUGCUGAGAGAUGAUGUCAUCACGAUCGGUCUCUCGGGUCAUUUCCUCUUCCUGUUUAGCUGGGUGCGUAAGAAACACCCGCCCUCGGAGCCUCCCGUGCCCAUCCCGCCCAGCGCAGAGACGCGCGACCCGUGGCGCAGCAUGACGGUGGUGCCGUACCUGGAGGAUCUCCACGGUUACGCUGAGGAGGAGGACGAGCUGUUCGAUGGAGAGGAUGACAUCAUAUACACUCAGGACUUCACUGUACCAGGGCAGGUCCCGGAGGAUGAGGAAGAGCGUGCUCCGGAGCGCACCUGUGCUGUGGCCAAACCGGUGUGUGUGAACGGGACGGAGUCGGCUGCACUCAAGCCCAAAUCCGAGCGGCGCUCCAGCUCUUCCUCCAAUCCCUCCAGGAAGGGCAUCUCCGCCGCCAGCAAGAUCCGCAAGCUUUCCACCUGCAAGCAGCAAUGACCCGAUGCUGCGCUGCACACCUGCGCUCCUCUGUACAGGUUUAUGUUGUUUCCCAGCAGUCAGUACUGAACGCUGUUCCCGACGCACACUUUGCCGUGAUGAUGAACUACACACACAGUGCCAGGACUUUAUCUGGGACGGACUGACGUCACUCGAGAAUGCUGUUGAAGAGAGGAGAUGUUUCCCACAGGAUCAUCCAUUCGGUUUCUCUCGCCUUCUCCGAUCGUCUGACCUGACCUUCCGUUUAGUUUUAGACCGUCUUUUAAUUUUACAGUCAUUCACUGCAGUUAAAGAUGCAGAUGGUUUGAUGU